AAGUGAGUUCAAAGAGAAGAAAGAAGAAUUAUUCGUGUUUGGCUACUCGUGCAAAUUGUUCAGGGACGAUGAGAAAGCCCUGCACAUUGAUCAAGGGAAACACCUCAUACCAUGGAUGGGGGAUGAAACUUUGAAAAUCGACAGGUUCGAUACGUUUUUUUUCUAUAAGACUGCUAAUUGUGCGCUAAAAAGUUAUAAACUGUUAUUACAUAUCAGAAAAUUAAUUUUUGGAAGGCCCUAAGUAUUUCGCAGAAAAGAUUAUAAGUGGCGCAUCUUGAAGAUGAGGGUAGCUGUCUUCGUCGCUGACAUCGCAUUAGUUAUGGUGACCUCCCUUGGUGGUAUGAUGCAAGAGGAGCCCUACAUGACCUUACACCACUGGAGGCUCCACCAGGAGGCUUUGACUGGCGUGUGGAACUCACCAAGGCGGAAAGGGAUGUGGAACAGCUGUGUGACAAUGAGCGUUAUCGAGCCCUCCACACUGAUGAAGAUGAAGAAGAGAUGUACAAAGAGGAGGAGUUGAAACGUCUUCAUGCAGCUGGCUACGGUCAAGUUGGUUUCAACUAUGACACACCUCAAGAAACCCCAAAAGAGACACCAGUCGUAGAAGUUGAGGAACCAUUUGUACCAUCGGAAGGGUUGAAAGCACUGAUGCCGGUUGAUACAGUUUUUCCUGAAACGGAAAAGCAAAACGCCAUAAUAGAAAAGACGGCAAACUUUAUAGCGUCUCAGGGAGUGCAGAUGGAGAUUCUAAUUAAGGCGAAGCAGGGUGACAACCCACAGUUCAAGUUUCUCAACAAAGACUCCACAUUAAAUUCGUAUUAUACAGGACUCAUAGCUCUUGUCAAGGCGGGAAAAUGGCCUGAAAAGAGUCAAGAAGUUGUGGAAGAGAAACAUGGGGAAAACAACGACGAGUACUUACAUCCAAGCCUAGCAUCAACUGUAAUUGAAUCUGCACCAUCCAUACCCAGUAUACACUAUAAACCCUCCGCUGACUGCGACUACACAAUGCUAAUAUCCAAAAUGCGGGGCGAAGCGACACUAGACGAGGCGUACGCCCCGGAAUUGGCACCAGGGGAGGUGGCCCCGCCGGGUACGGAGCCACUGCCGCCGAGGAGCAACGCUGAGAUUAGCAGGGCUCCGGUUAUGUACAAUCAGACUGAUAAAGUAGCGGCUCAAGCAUACCAGCAGUAUGCAGCGUACUACCAACAGUACUUGGCGCAAACCCAGGUGCAAACACCAGUCGCGCCAGUUGCACAGCCCACAAUAGCACCCACUAAAUCAACGGGUCUUAGUCUCAUGAAAAACUAUAAUACGGAUAGCGAUAGUGAUGAUUCAGAUUACGAAGACAGCUCAUCAUCAGACGGUAAAGACAAGCCAAUAAUAAUAACCCCGCCUGAUGAUGUCAAAAUCGUAAUCGACAAGAUGGCGGCGUACGUAGCACGAAAUGGCGACGAGUUUGCUGAAAUUGUGCGCGCGAAAAACGAUCCGCGCUUCACUUUUCUUGAUCCAGAUAAUAUAUACCAUCCGUUUUAUAAAAGGUUGAUGCAAGAGAAGAGAGGCAUAGACGUGAAUGGAAAGGAGAAAGUGAAGAAGAAAAAGGCUCCAGUCUCAUUCUCAAUAAAGAAACAUAAAGAACCGGAUCCCAUACUUCCCAAACCGGCACUUCCAUACGAAUCGAGUUCUGAAGAUGACGAUAAAAAAGAUGCUCAAAACCAAAACGACACAGAAUCAAAAGAAGCCAACACGCCAAUUACGAAUUUACCUCCAGUUAAUAUAAUGAAUAAUAUAGCACCGGUUAUAUACAAAAUGGAAAGUUCUCAAGCAAAUAACUUACCACAGGUUAAAAUAAUUGAGCAAAAUGUUGUGAAAGUAGUGGAGCCUAUAAUAUACACGCCUCAACCACUACCCUUACCAGUGAAAGAAGUCCCCAAGAUAGACGUUAUACCGGAAGCGCCGAAACCACCUAUGAUUAAGCCCAAAGAACAGCCGUUAGAAACCAAAGAGAAGACCCCGGAACCGGAAGUGAACCAAAAAGAAUCAAAAUUAGAUGAAGAACAUCGAGAGAAGAGGCGGGAAAAGAAAAAGCGAAGGUCGAAAUCGGAAAGCAGAGAUUCCAGGAAAACGGAGGAAAGGGAAAGGAAGAAAGACAGAGAAAGAAAUACGGAAAGAGAAUCGAGGCGUGAUAACGAAAAGGAGCGUCGGGAGAGAAAUGAUUUAAAGAGAGAAAGAGACAAAGAUAUUGAUACGGAAUCGAGGAGGGAAAGAGAUGGUGAGAGAGAUUGUCAAAUGCGAGACAAAGAUGGCGAUAAGUAUAAGCGAGACAGGGAUGGUGAAAAGGAAAGUAAAAGGGAUAGUGAAAGGCAUAGAAAGAGAAGGAAAAGAAGCAAAGAGAAAAUUGAAGAUGAGAUCAUUAAUUUAGAAGAUAACUCGGAUGAAAUGAUCGAUUUGACGGGAGAUCAAUCUGACACUAAAGGAGAUGUGGAUUCGGAAACGGACCGCGGCAAGCAGCACGAGCGGCGCCGCCGCGCGGCCGAGUUCCUCAAGAAAGUGGGCGUGGACCCCGCCGCCGCCGCGCUGCCGCACACCUCGCUGGCCAGCGCUAUGGUCGAUACAUUAGAGUCGCUGAGGAAGAAGAAAGCAGAUGAAGAAGAGAAGAGACGCAGACGAGAGAAGCGGAGGAGACGGGACAGAUAUGAUUACGACGGCGACACAGAUCGACACCGGAGGCGGAGGAAAAGGAACAAAUCAUCAGAUGACGAAGAAUCGGAUUAUGACGGAUCAAAGAAGCGACGGCGCAAGAAAGAAAAGAAGCACACAAAGAGUAAGAAAAAGCGAAGGCACGAGACGGAGUCGGAAGAGGAUCAGGCGUUACCAAUUAACAUUGAUCUCACUAACACGUUGAAGGAGUUAAGAAACGCCUCGCCUACAAAGGAAUUACUCGUGGACAGAGUGAGUCCAGUAAGAGAUGUGGGAGAAGAAAGAGACGGGAGGAAAGAGAAGAAGAGAGAGUACAGUGAAGGGGAGUGGUCCAGUGACAGUGAGGAUGAUUCAGCGACGUCUGUUAGUCAAUAAUUUUGUAUAAAUGGCGCUUUUUUAUAAUUAAAAUAUAUAUAAUGUAUUCUGUUCAUUGAUUGCAUUCGUUUUUCUUAUGGACUUGUAUUUUUUUUAUUU